CUGUUUCUCAUCAGCCUAGUCGCGACGAUCUAUGCAGCCACCACUCGCUAUAACGUCCCUCUACCCGAGGGCGCUACGGUCCUGGACACCGAAAACGACAUCCGAGAAUUCACUGCCUCCCACCCAGAUGUCGAUCUCGAGACUGCGAACGGAGGCUACACCAUCAAAGAGCCUAAUGGUCUGGUACUGGCUUACGUCGGGGACAAUCUCAGCAAAGAACUGGACGAACGAAUGAAGUCCUUGGAGCGU